AUGUCUGGUCGUGGCAAAGGCGGUAAAGGGCUAGGGAAAGGGGGCGCCAAACGGCACCGCAAAGUGCUACGUGACAACAUUCAGGGCAUUACCAAGCCUGCUAUCCGGCGCUUGGCUCGGCGUGGCGGUGUGAAGCGUAUUUCUGGUCUCAUUUAUGAGGAGACUCGUGGGGUGCUGAAAGUAUUUUUGGAGAAUGUGAUUCGGGACGCCGUCACUUACACGGAGCACGCAAAACGCAAGACGGUUACUGCCAUGGACGUUGUCUACGCGCUCAAACGCCAAGGACGCACCCUCUACGGUUUCGGCGGCAUUAGGACAUUUAUGGCUAAAUUCAUUUAUAAAAGAUUACAACUGUGA